AUGCAGGGAUAUCAGAGAAAUUUCGACGAUCAGCAAAAGGAUCAAAGGGAGGAAGAAACUAUAGUGGUGGACCUUAUACCUCCGCAGUACCAGCUCAGCCCUCCGCACAGUCCGCCGCCAGGGAAUAUACCAAAAACUCCGGAAAAAGGCACGUCGCCGUCACAACAACAACAGCCAUUAUCCUCGAUGGAUCCAAACAUAAGAAGGUACAGGACGGCGUUCACCAGGGAACAGUUGUCGCGUUUGGAGAAAGAGUUCCACAGAGAGAACUACGUGAGCAGGCCUAGGAGAUGCGAAUUAGCUGCACAAUUACACCUGCCGGAAUCGACGAUCAAGGUCUGGUUCCAGAAUCGUCGCAUGAAGGACAAGCGGCAGAGGAUGGCGAUGGCGUGGCCGUACGCGAUGUACACGGACCCGACGCUGGCGGCUACCCUGCUGGCUGCGGCGACGGCGAGUCUGCCGCCACCGCCUUAUCACCCUGGGGCACCGGGUCUGCCGCCGGCCCAUCUGGCGCCCAGUUACCCAGCGGCGGCAGCUGCCGCGUACUACGCGGUCAGGUACACGCCAUAUUCGGGAGCUACUCCGACGACCAACACCAACGCGUCGUCGCUUCAUCGGCCGCAUCCGCGCACAGCGGCCGCGUAUCCAGCGCAUCAUCCCCAUCUCCUGCAGCCUCACCCCACGUUGCAACCCCUGCAUCUGUCGAGCCUGGGCGUUUCUACGGUGGGGAACGCCGCCUUCCCAACAACACAGGUGAACAGCCCACCCACGAACGCGCCGGCUUCCUAUCGGCCAGCGAUGCUCCCGGAGCUGAGCCCGGCUCAGUCGGACGCCUCGAGCGAGUGCGACUGCGUCGGAACGCAAUCGCAUCAGCAUCACCACCACACUUGCCAGCAACACCAACGAAUACACGAGAUACAGCAGGAGAAGAGCCCGACACCCAACACCGCCCAUCCCAACAGCGUGCAACCGAUCAAACUACCCGCUGGGAUCAGCAUCGCUGGCCUGCCUGGCAACAUCCAGAGCAUAGGCACGUUCGACGCCAAGAAUUCGUACGCCAGCAUGCCGACGAAGGAAGCGCCGAAAUUGUUCCAACCGUAUAAGAACGAUAUAUCGGAAAGGGCGUAA